AUGCACACCGUUUCCCAUAGCAGCGGUCCCAAGGCGCCGGUAGUGUAUGCCUUCUGCGUCACUCUCGUCGUAGGACUCCUGCUCCUCUCGGGCCCCUCCUCGCACCACCAUGGCAAGCACAAACACGGCAACCGCCGACGCUUGGACGGCGGGCGCAGACGGCACGCGAAGGAGCCGGGCGAACAGGUGAUUAAACUCCACCGCGCGACGACGGAGGUGAACCCCAAGCUAGACCACAUCACGUUCGACCCGCUAAUUGCGGAGAUGGAGACGAAGCAAGACGACCACUCGUGGGAAGAAGCGUAUUUCCGAGAGCACCACGAGGAGGUGCACGUGCACACGAAAGUGGAGCCCGUCUACACCGUCGGACACGGCACCGACGGGCACGGGGGAAAGCAGGGGCAUGAGCACGGCCAGGGCAGCGGGAACGAGAGCGCGAAGCACGGCGGGCACGAACACGAAUAUGUGCACGGCGAGGAGGUGGAGGACGAGGAGCUGCAGCACCUCCACGACCACAUGGACUCAGCGCACGUGGAGAGCAAGGUGAACGUGUCGUCGCGCAUCCGCACGCUGUUCCCGCUCAUCGACACGGACGAGCGCGACGGGUACAUCUCGCUCAACGAGCUCGCCAUGUGGCAGGUGCAGCAGGCGCACCGCAGCAGUGCGCACCGCACGCGGCGCGAGAUGGAGAUCACGGACGCGAACCACGACGGGUUCAUCUCGCUCAAGGAGUAUCUCCAGGACGACUCGGACGGCGACGAAGUGUCGUCGGAGUGGGACGAGAGUCUGCAGAGCUUCGUGAACCUGAGCAAGCAGCGCUUCCCGAUGGCGGACACGGACGGCGACGGGCUGCUGAACGAGGAGGAGUUCAACGCCUUCCUUCACCCCGAGGACAGCCACAACGAAAAUCUCACGCGCUCCGUGCGCGACGAGGAGUUCAGGGCGCACGACAAGGACUCGGACGGGCGGCUGAGCUUCGAGGAGUUUUUCGAGAGCGCGUGGGAGGACGUGAAGGCGUUCGACGACGAGUACGAGAAGUGGGAGGAGCACCGCUUCGCCCCGCACCCCGACACGCUCAAGCUGCCCUCCCACGGUCACGAGCAGCACGCGCAGCACGGGCACGAAGAGCACCACGAGCACGGGCACCAUGGUCAUCACGAGCACCAUGAGCACCACGAGGGGCAUCAUGGGCACGAGUACGGGCACGUGGAGGAGGAGAAGCCGCUGGAGGUGCGGCGGGAGGAGGCGAGGAGGCGGUUUCAGGACUCGGACUUCAAUGACGAUGGGUUCCUGGACGUGAGCGAGUUCGCUGACAACCUGCUGUACGCCCUGGCACCCAACGAAUACCACUUCGCCGAGGAACAGGCCAAACACAUGCUCACCCAGGCGGACGACAACAAGGACAAGCACCUGUCGCUGGACGAGAUGCUGCGCAACUGGUCAGCCUUCUAUGAUGUGGUGGAGGAGCACUCAGAGCCACACACACCACACACGCAUGAGCAUGACACUGAGGAGGAUGAGGAUGAUGACCACCAGCACCAUGGGUACCACCACUAUGGGCAUGAUGGGGAGGAGGAUGAUGACGACUGGGAUGAGGAUGAUAGUGGGGAGUACAACUAUGAGGAUGAUGAGGAGGGACAUGAGGAGUUCAGAUAG